AUGCAGAUUUUAGAGGGUACUAAAUUACUUGCGUGUAUCUUUUAUUGCAUAACAUCAUCUUUCCCUUUAGAUUCGUGCGCAUUUAUGUCUAAAACAAGAAUAAAGGAAUGGAGUUGUGAGUUUGUGAUAUUCAGCCAUUUGCAGCCGAAAGUAAGGAAUCCUUUGGCAUAUCAGAACACUUUUAUAUUCCAGCACAAACUAGUUCUCCGUAUCAGGAAAGAAACAGUACGACAGUCCAAGACUCUAAUUUAUUAUGUAGAAAUUUAUGCAUUUGCUCUGCUUCUAUGGACACUAAAUAAAAAGUACAGAGCAUCUGGACAUUUGUUUGACACACCUCUUAAAUGUUAUGAGUUACCAGCAACAUUUUUGGUUUUUUGGAUGGCAAAAUUAUGCCUUGAAAAAUUAUUUUUGGCAAUAUUUCUAUUCAAAAUUACACAAAUCGUUUCUUUUGAUUAUGCAUAUAAACCAUGUAUAUUCUUGUUGACUACUUUCCUACAAGCCAAUUUGAAGCAUCAGUACAAACCAAUAUGUAGAGACUACUCAGUUAUUCAUUAUUUCAAUCGGAAUCUAUGCAGUCUGCGACCACCAUUUUGCCUUAAAGUUCUUGGGGAUUUUAAUCAUCAUGUUGUAGUGAAUUUUUAUGCAUCAGUGUCUAGAAAAAAGGGACACCUUAAAAUGAACGUUAAACAAGAGGAUCUUUAUUUUACAACCUUUGUUUUUGAGGAAAUCAAGUGGGAAAAUUUGGCUUAG